AUGUCCGAACCUCUAGUUUCAACAUCUUCGUCUUCGGCCGUUGCGGGCUCAUCGGAUAUGGUCCAAAGAAACACCAAGGCCAGUCCUUCCUUUAGAAACAAUUUCAAUAUAGACGAUUGUGAGACGCAGGAACUCUCGGUAGGUCUGGUUUUGAGUGCUCUUGUUGUCGUGCUAAGCUGUGGUAUCAUCUUUUUGCUAGGUGUCAACAUCGUCAUCCAAUACCGUACUAUCAACUGGAAUGCGGUACCUAAGGCCUUCUUGAAGAUUUUCUACAUCAUUCUGAGCUUCUUCUCCAUCUACAUUAUCAACAAGUUCAACCUAUACUUCUUCAAAAAGAUGAGUGCCAGAGAGACCUCGAACUCGUAUGCCAGAAUUAAUACUCUGGAACCAAUUCAAAUGAGAACUGGUGUAUGA